CAUUGCUCGGAUGGCCAAUGAAUGAGUCCAUCGAUGGCUAUCACCGAUAAUAUCAAGACUUAUGCAGUGAUUCCGUCAGCCGGAAGGGGUCUUCGGUUGGCUGAAGACAACUCACUUCCCAAGCAAUACAGUAUUAUUUGCGACAAACCAUUGGUUUAUCACACAAUCAACUCGUUUCUCAGAAUCAAAUGGAUCGACAAAUUGAUUGUUGUCUUCGACGAGGAGAACGCCAAACUCAUGGAAGAGAUCGUGGCAUCCAUUAGCCAUCAAAACCGAAUCCAUUUAGUGAUGGGAAGUGAGACAAGACAUGGAUCUAUAGCUAAAGGCAUUGAUCUGAUGGCAGCCAAUGAGUGGUCGGUUCCCGACGUAGUGGUGGUCCACGACGGCGCCCGACCUCAUGUGGACGAACCACUUCUCUCACAACUGGUCUCUUAUGCUCUCGAAUAUGGAGCUUCGGGUGUGAUCUGUAAACUCACGUCUACUGUCUUAUCCGUAUCUAAUGACCACUUCUUGGAUAAGGCUUUGGAUAGAACUAAACACUUCGCGAGUGAAACGCCUCAAGCGUUUAGAUAUCAAUAUAUAAGAGACGCGUAUAAUAAGUGCUCUCAGGAUGACUAUGAGUUCAACACUGAAUGCUUGGAUUUGGUUCAGAGGUAUACCUCAUCUAAAGUGAAAUUAAUUGAAGCCAACGCUUCCACGUAUUUCAAAGUGACUUAUAAGAAAGAUAUCUACUCUGCGGAAGGAGUGCUCAGAGGUUUCACUAUUGACGUCAAUUUAAUUUAG